AUGUACAUCAACAAUACGGAUGCGCUGAAGAUAUGGCUGACGGAGGUGCUGGAGCCACUGUGCGAUGCCGAUCCGGCCGCCUUGGCUCGGUACGUGUUGGCCCUGCUGAAGAAGGACAAACCGGAGAAGGACCUGAUCGUGUCGAUGAAGGAGCAGCUGGAUGUGUUUUUGUCCGAGGAGACGCAGCCCUUUCUCGACCAGCUGUUCAAGGUGAUCAAGAGCGAGGAGUACCUCAAGAGUACGCCCGUCGCCACCAGCAACAACGCCGCGGCUGCAUCCUCGACGACUAGCACUCUCCUGCAGGCGACGGGAGCGGGGCCCGUUUCGCAAGCACCAUCCUCCACCCCCCAUCCCGAAGAAGUCAGCAGCAGUUCCCGUAUUCGGUUGAAGCGAGAGUUCACGCCACCCCUGCAAGAACCGGGUGCGGGUAGUACACGGUCCUCGAAAGACAGCAUUACCACUAGCGCCACGACGUCGAGUCAUUCGGGGCUCUCUGGAAGCAGCAGUACGGCUAGUGGAACAGGAAGUUCCUCCACGGUGGAUCGGUCUGCAUCUUACCAUCAUCAUCACCACAGCGGUGCAAGCGACCGUGCCGAAAAAGGACGUUCCGAUGUAGCUUCCAGUGGUUCCCAUAAUCAGCCAUCGGUUAGCAGCAGCAGUAGCAACAACAACAGCAGCGUUAGUGGUGGUGGUUCCAGUCAAAAAUCUUCCUCCCGCCAGCACUCGCCAAUCAAGAGCUCCAGCAAGGAAGAUCACAGCAGCAGCAGUAAUGCCCGUCGCAGCCGUCGUAUGCAGAAUCGUUCCCGUAGCCGCUCACGAUCUCGUUCUCGAUCGUUCGAACGUCCACGGGACACGCGUCGGUCACGUUCACGGGAACUCCAGCAACGUAGCCGCGGAGGUGUUGGCAGCAGUGGUGGUGGAGGUGGAAGCAGCGGAAGUGAUUCCAAAUCCGGUGGUAGAUCGUCAUCGUACCGCAACAAGUCACCGCUGAGGGGUACCGAUUCGUUCCGAAGGUACGACCGUAAAGGUGGCCACGGUAACAGCGCCAUGUACGAUAGGCGCACCAGUGGCACAACCAGCAAUGGUGGCAGCAACGCCAGCAACAGUGGGACAGGUUCCACCAGCGGUAACCACACGAACAGCAGUGGUGUGAAUGCUGGACCUACGGGUGGUAAUAGUGGCACAAACAGCAGUAGCCGCUCGCAGCGAAUCCGAUCGCACUCACCAAGCCGGUCUCCGUCACCGAAUUCCGAACGUCGAAAGAUCGCUCGGCCUUUGUCGCCGAAUCGUGCCAGAACAGCAGCGCCGGCAGGAGCAACAGCAUCUGCGGCAACGGCAGUGGUAGCCAGCGGUCCGGUAGUCGAUGGGGGCGCGGUGGUGAAUCCAUUGACCGCCCUGGUGCCCUCUGUCACGGGAGGUGGUGUUCCGAUCAUCCCCACUGGUGCUGGAACAGUAGUUCCAACGAUCGCACCAGUUCCGCCGCCUUCAGCCGCAUCGCUUGAUCGUGUGAUGAAUUCUGUCUCGGGCGAAGGAGGACCAGCGUCAGGCGCACCGCUUGUUGGAGGAGCAGCCAAGCGACAGCGAUGCAGGGAUUUCGACGAGAAAGGUUACUGCUUGCGGGGCGAAACCUGCCCAUGGGAUCAUGGAUUCGAUCCGGUCGUGCUAGAAAGCAUCAACAAUCCCGCGAUGAUGGCGCAGAUGCGAGGCCCCAUCGUGCCGGAGUACAAUCCGGAUGCACCCGCUCUGUGGAACAAACAUCUGAACCCGAUGGCGCUCGGUGGAGUGACGACGCUUCGUCCCGGGAUUGCGCAGCGCCUUGGAGGUGGAAUAAACUUUGGGCCACGUGGCGGACCAGUUGGUAUGGGAUCGAACUUCCGCGGUGUUUCUCCCGGCUUCCCGCUGAGUGGUUUCCCGGGCAAUCCGAUCGGUGCGACACCGUUGCAACGGGAGCUGAUCUCCGUGCCAGUGGUGGACGCGAACAAGGGAGGUGAUGUGUCCGCGCAGCAUAUUAAUCGCCGUUUCGAGCCGGAAGAUGCGGUCGCCAUCGCUGAUGGGCCGAUGCUGAUCGGUGGUGUCGGUGGCGGCAAGCGUAAGAUGUCGAUGAACAAUCGCCUCGGACCGCGUGUGUCCGGUGGAGGUGGUCACGGUGGAGUCGGUGGUCCCGGUGGUCCUGGCUCGAUGGCCAUCAAUCCGCAACACAACUGUUCGUUGGAACUGCGCAAGAUACCGCGUGGUUUGAAUGAAAUUUCGCAUUUGAACGAUCACUUUUCCAAGUUUGGCAAAAUCACCAACAUACAGAUCCGCUACGACAACGAUCCGGAGGCGGCGAUCGUUACGUUCACGACACACGCGGAAGCCAACGUGGCGUAUCGGAGCACGGAGGCGGUGCUGAAUAAUCGGUUUAUCAAGGUGUUCUGGCACACGCCGCCGGCGGGAGGAGAACAACCCGGCAUCACGGCACCGGCCAAGACGGAACAUUCGCUGCGGAGGUCAUACCCGAACCAGUAUAGCAUUAACAACAACUUGAGCUCAACCGGUGCGACCGGCACGACGCAAACGGGCCCAACCGUUGCGGGUGGCAAGACGCUGCAGACGGCCAACGCAAAGGGACCAGGCGACGUCACCGCGAAUGCCGGUUCCGUGGCGAACGGCAACGAGAAUCUUGCUCCGCAACAGCAGGCUGCAUCGGGAAAGGUGCUCGGAAGCAGCACGAAGUACAUCAACCCUGGCACGGGGCAACCCGCAGCGGGCGUUGUCAGUGGAAACAAAAUUUCCCGGGCCGCCAACGAGCUCCUGCGCAAGAAGCAUGAACAGUUCAACAAGGGCAUCAACGAACGCAAGUACAGCCUGCUCGAAGGCUACCUGAAAGAGCAGCGCAAACUGCUGGAGAUAAUCGUGACGUAUGAUGCGAUUGAUCCGCGGCGCACGCAGCUGAAGCUAUCGCUUGAAGAGCUGCACGUCAAGGUAAACAAUCUGCGAAAAGAGAUCGAGCAGGAUCAGCAACACAUGAACGCCGCCAAUUUGGCGAGGACGCUCGGUCAGGGGCCGAAGCACAAGACCAAGGAACAGCACGAGAAGGAGCUGCUCGAUGCGGAGCUGGAGCAAAUUGCGCAAGAGCAGCGCACGUUCCGCGCUCCAGAUGGUGGAGCAGGACCGGGCACCGUCACCGGUCCACUGGCAGCAGUUACGGCGCAAGCUCCGGGCCACAAGCAACCGUUUGGUGCUGGAGCUCGCAAGGGCGCAUCCGCCGUCCGGUUGGCUCCUCCCGGAUCUACGAGCGUCGAUCGUCGACCGACCACGGUUUUGAUCACCGGCUUCGUAGCGGAAGAUGCGGAAGCUCUGCUUGGACACUUUAAGCACUUCGGUGAGAUUACGAAGCAUCAACUGGACGCGACAACGCCGUCGUUGACGAUCAGCUUCAGCACACGGCAGGUGGCCGAGAAGGCACUAGCACGUGGUAAACAGUUUAAGGACAACACGCUGACGAUAGCUUGGUCAACACCAUCGGCAUUGACUCCGGUCAUGCCAGCUGGCGCCCCUGGCGGCAAUGAGCCCUCGACUGUGGCGGCGACGCCGGCCGACAGUGGUAAGGAUAAUGGUAACCCGCUCGUCCAUUCUAGCAGCGGUGACGUCGGUGAUGGUCUCGCUUCGACGAAGUUGGACAACGACGGUUCACGGGACGGUACGGAUAUGAUGCUGCUGCUCGGAACUGGCGGAGGCGUCACGGAUAUCAUCAACUCGUCCUCGUUGGAAACACUCGCGGAUGAUCUUGUCGAGAUGCCGCUGGUGGUCGAGGAGGAGGAAGAGGAGGAUGACAUCGAACCUGAGCGAUCUUGGCGCCGCUAAACUACUCCCUGCUGAUGAUCGAUGCCUGCCGUUUUAAAGAGGAAGCAUCUCUGUGGCUUGAUGCUUCUGUUUCGUGCGGACGGGGUGCUGCUGGCAGGUUAAACAGCAAAGCGACGGCGCUAGGUAGAAAAUAAGUCUUUGCGUGUGUGAAAUUUUGAUUUUUGAAUGCUGAAAUCCACUAUUUGAACUAUCCUUUCAAACGCAAGCGUUUCUUUGUUGUUGUAUUAAUUGACGAUAAAGCUGUUCUCGGAAUGAUGCGCUUUCGUGUGUUCCAUGAGCAAUCGGGCUAGUUACACGUUGAAAAUUAGCUACUCUUCGGAUUUAUAAUAAUUGUAUAAUGCUUUAUUCGUCAGGUGGAUUAUUAUCGAACAGGCAAAGAGUCGAUAUAUAUAGAUGUAGUUUAAUAGUUUUUUUUUCUUUUCAUUGUUUUAAUGGACAUUCGACGUCAGAAACGACCUAUAGCUUGAUGUGUUUUCAGGUAGAGCCUAGUAUGUCCUGUAUGAUUUUAGUAUCGAUGUUGUGUGAAACAAAAAAAAAGUAGCUCUUCAAGCACAGCGCUCACUGUAGUGCUUUUGUUCCAGUCCUUGCCAUAUGAUAAAGUUUCAUUGUGCAUCUCACUGUUCGGUAAACUUUCUGGCUAGUAAUAUGAGUUCGAUUUGAUUCUUUUUUUUAAUUAUCAUUAUCAUCUCCAUGUUCGCUUGAAUUGGCAUGCGGUUUUAGUUUGGCGAACGAGAACGUAGCAUGUACGUGUAGGGAGUAGACACAAAAAGACGUACAAAAGGAGGAAAAUCGAAUCUAAAUUUGUGUAGCCUAUUGAUACUACGGUGAUUCUUGUCUACGAGAGCGAGAUAAACGGAUAGCAAUUCUUUCUUAGCGCAACAGCGGUAGAUAGAAAUAGGUGUAUGUAAAAAUACGUUUUGUAAUCCGUUUUGCGAAAUGGCGAACAAGUUUAACGUGUCUCGUCUGCUGCGUUCUACAUUAGUAUCCAUGCGCGAAUUUUAAGCGAUUAGUAUUGGCAAUGUGCUACAACGUAAAGCAAUUGUAAGACCAACUGCGCCAGCCUUCUUUCCAUCGUUCGAAUCACGCAGCAAUUUGUGUACGCAACCGGACCAAACGGGACACAGUAGGGCAUAUCCUGCAAGCCUCGUUCGUCCGAUUGUAAUGGCGCGUUUGUGUUUAGCGUGAUUCGAGCGUGGAAAUGAAUGAUGAUAUAUGGAACGAUGAGGCGUGAUUGGUCAUCGAUACGUAUACACACGAUUUGUAGUAGUCCGUAAGUCGAUGCCAAAUGGGAUACACCAGGCAAUCGGUAUCAAAUGAAAAAAGAACGAAAAGAACGUACUGUGAAAGAGCAAUGUGGAAAAAAAGAACCCACAAAAAAGAAUCAAUCUUGUUCCAAAAAAGAAGCAAAAAAAAAAAAAAUAGUCACAGUAACACAAAAGAAAAUAAUCAAGUGGACAAACAAAAAAUCUAGAAAACCAAGCAGAUGUUUUUGAAUGAUAAAAAACAACGUCAAGACAAAAGAAAUGAUAACAAAGAAGCGGAAUGAUCCAUAUACGAUGUAAGUCGGCAAAUAUUGCAACAUAUUAGCAUUAUGAGAUAAAAUAAAACGAAUUAAGGAAUGAUUUCAAAAGAGAAAUUGAAAAUCCCAACAACUCACAUAUGCGAUGGGAGUUGUAAUAGU